UUAGUGCCCGCCCAAUAAGGUUUUUGUUCCCCCGUGUAGGAUAUAAUUUCCCGUCCGGUGAUUGCAAGAACUGGGAGUCUGGAGGGGAUCCGAGCUCUGUUCCGGAACUUUCGCGAAGAAGGCCCCAAGCCCUGGAGCCAUCGAAACCCUAGAACCAAGGCUUCUCCGAUCGACGGCAAUGGAGGCGAUGGAGAUCGAUGCCCCGAAGCAAGAGGACCUCUUCCAAGCCGCAGAGAAGGGGGACGCCUCCCUCUUCUCCUCCCUUCCCGAGGAAGUACUCCGCCGGGCUCGAUCCAUGCGGAACGAGGACGGCCGGUCCCUCCUUCACGCCGCCGCCUCCUCUGGCCGCCCUGAGGUGGUUAAUGUGCUAUCGGCAGCUGAUCCAUCGGUGAGUGGAGUUAACAGCAAGGAUGAAGAGGGAUGGGCGCCGCUGCACUCGGCUGCCAGCAUCGGCAAUGUGCAAAUCGUCGAGAUCUUGGUUGAUAGAGGAGCUGAUGUCAAUCUGGCUAAUGAUGGUGGCCGCACUGCUCUUCAUUAUGCUGCUAGUAAGGGGUGGUUGAAAAUAGCUGAAAUUCUAAUAGCCCAUGGUGCAAAAAUAAAUAAGAAAGACAAGUUUGGUUGCACCCCACUACAUAGGGCUGCAAGUACUGGAAACUCGGAGUUAUGUGAGCUAUUGAUUGAGGAAGGAGCAGAGGUCGAUGCCACUGAUAAAGCAGGCCAAACUCCUCUCAUGCAUGUAGUGAUAUGUCAGAACAAACAGGUUGCUCUUCUCUUAAUAAGACAUGGGGCUGAUGUUGAUGUUGAAGACAAGGAAGGAUACACUGUGCUCGGUCGAGCAUCGGCUGAAUUUAGACCAACAUUGAUCGACGCAGCCAAGGCAAUGCUGGAAGGUUAGAUUAUGAAUUGAUGACACUUUCAAAAAGGACUACUUAUAUGCUCACAAACAACUAUGACUCCUAAAAGUAAGGCUGAAAUGCUUGCCUGGUGAGGAAUUUCUGUUCAGCUGUAUCCGACUUCUCCUGCAUUUCUAAAUUUUCCCUUAAGAUGGGUGGAGAAUUGAGUUUAGCUUAUGGGCUCUUCCUCAAGUUUAAACUACUGAUUCUGCUUGGAGAAUACGGGCAAUAUGUAUUUGUCAGUUCUCAGAAGUCAUUCUAAGUGAAUCAUGUUUUGAUCUUGGACUUCUUGAUCAUUUUUGGGGAAUUCGGUUGUAAUAACAGCGUCUCGACCCUUGUGGGAGAGGUCCAUGACCCAAUCUUUAGUGUUGCACGUGUGAUUGAAAUUGCAUGAUUAGUAUGUUAGUAAUUUCAGUGUGGGGUGCUGCAGUUUGAGUUUUUGCUGUUCCAUCCAAAGAUGUAGAUCACUUUGGCGUAAACCUGCGCGCGACACAACCGGGAAGCCACUUAUUGAAACC